AUGGAAGUGUUAUAACUAGAAGACAAUCAAUUUAGAUAUAAACUCAUGAAUGUAUUCUUUCAAUAUAUAAAAAAUGCCUUAUUCAUUCUAUUAAUUGGAUAUGAAGGAAUUAAAUUAUUAAAUAUUGAUCAUGAUUGUUAAUUAUCAGAGAUUACUUAUAUUAGUACAUUAUAUCAUGGAGGAAUCAUUUUAUUACUAUUUAAUGUAGUUUCAGCCUGUUAUAUACUUUAUUAAAAGCAUUUUGUAAGAAUUGAAUACUUUAUUACUUAUGGAUUAAAUAUUUUAGUUUUUGUAUGUAUGUUACUAUUUUCAUUGUAAUAAAUGAUUUAGGGAAGAUGCAGUAUUGGAUAAUUAUCAGUAAAAUAUUAUAUAAUAAUAUCAAUAAUCACUUAAUUAGAUGUAUUAUUAAUUAUGAUGUUCAAACAUGAAUUCUCUAAUAGAUAAACAAAUAUAUGUUCAAAUACUGCUGUUGUGAUUCUUUUAUUAAUGACUAAAAUAGAUAAUGAUUGUGCAAUCAAUGCAAUAUCUUUAGAAAUUCAAUUAAUCUCUGCUAAUAUUUUAACAUUACUCUUUUUCACUGUUCUUAACGUAGCAAUUAAUCUAUUUCCUAAACUAAGAGAAUAAUUAACAAAUGCAUUUAAAUUUGUUUGUGUUUUAGUUUUGUGUUUCCUUAUCUUAAAUUAUCUAUUAAUUGUUUAUUUUGUUUAAUCAGUAAUUUAUUCAUUUUAUAUAUAUAUUAGGGUGAUAUCAAAGAAAGUUAAUAAUGUAUGCCACUUGAUUUUAUAACUAGAACCUAUUGUUUUUUGGCUCCUGUCAACUUAAUUGGAAUGAUACCAAUAUUAGCAUCUUUUAAAUUUGAAACUAUAGAUGAAGAAGAAGAGGAUAUUCCUUAAUAAUAAUAAUAAUUACCAGAAAUCAUAUCUCCAUCAAGAGGAUUACCAAUAUAGAAUUCACCCUCCCCUUUCUAAUAAUCUAAGUUAUCAUUAAACAAUAAUACAACUCCAUAUAAGAUUAUUAUAAACAAUAAUCAACUUUCACCUGAUGAACAAUUUUUAGUUGGAAAACAUCAGUAACCUUAAUAUUGA